AAAGAACGGCUUUGUCAAGUGGUUAUUUGUGCUCUUUCCCAAUUAAGAGGGAGGCUUAUCUUAUAUAGACAAGAAAAAAGUUCAUCCUGAUGAGAAAAUCCACUCUAUUAAUGGAGAUGCCAGUCUUUAGCUUCAGAUUACAGUGGUGGUUUUUUCUUGUUAACCUUGUCAUUUGUAUUAGAUCGCUUAAGUUGGAAUCUCUUUCCAGCACGCCCACCUUCGGAAAUGAAACCGACAAGCUUGCAUUGCUCGUCUUCAAGAAUCAUCUGGCUGAUGUUCCAAAUGGAGUACUGAGUUCCUGGAACGACUCUCUGCAUUUCUGCCAGUGGCAGGGGGUUACAUGCAGUCGGAGACAUCAAAGGGUCACCGUCUUGAGGUUGGAGGGUCAGAGCUUAGCUGGUUCCUUACCUCCUAUUGGGAACUUAACAUUCCUAAGAGAGUUGGUGUUGUCUAACAAUAACUUGCAGGGUUCUAUCCCCACUGACAUCGGUCAUUUGCGACGGUUGCAGCAUCUCAAUCUGAGCACAAAUUCCCUCCAAGGUGAGAUUCCGGUUGAACUCACUAACUGCUCAAACCUCAUAACCGUGGACUUGACAAGGAACAAUCUGACGGGGCAGAUUCCCUUCCAUUUUGGCCAUAUGUCGAAACUGCUAAUUCUGAGGCUUGGGCGGAACAGUCUAACAGGAAUUAUCCCAUUUACUUUGGGAAACCUUUCAUCUCUUCAGCAGCUUUCAAUGGCGUUCAAUCAUUUGGAGGGGGGUAUUCCACAUGAUUUAGGCCGUCUGAAGAGUUUGAAGAUUUUAUAUUUAGGUGUAAACAACCUGUCUGGUAUGAUUCCUUCCUCGCUUUAUAAUUUGUCUUCUGCCAUUGAAUUGGUUUUUACUGCCAACCGUCUGUCUGGAAAUUUUAUGUCAAGCAUGAGGUUCAGUUUGCCUCAACUCCUCAGGUUUGCUAUAGCACAGAAUCAGUUUAUCGGAAUAAUUCCAGAUACACUAUCCAAUAUUUCAGGACUUGAACUUUUGGAUGUAGGCGAGAAUUAUCUAACAGGGCAAGUCCCUGGUGGCUUGGGAGUGCUCAAGGAUCUCUAUUGGUUGCGCCUUGAGUCCAAUAAAUUAGGGAGGGGCAUGUCUGGAGAUUUAAAUUUUCUAAAUUCUUUCACCAACACCAGCAGUUUAAGAUUUAUGAGUCUAGACCGCAAUAACUUUGGGGGUGUGUUACCCAAUUCCAUUUUCAAUCUCUCACUGCAGUCCCUCACACUAGGAGACAACAGAAUAUCUGGAAACAUCCCAGGAGAUAUUGGAAACCUGAUCAACUUAACUACAUUUGGUGUAGCUCAGAAUGAUUUCACUGGUGUCAUUCCCACUUCAAUUGGCAAGCUUCAGAACUUAAGACAAUUGGAGUUAAGCUGGAACAGGCUUUCAGGUCUGCUGCCGUCCUCCCUUGGCAACUUAAGUCAAUUGUACUACCUCAACAUGAGCCACAACAAUUUGGAAGGGAACAUUCCUGCAUCUCUCAGGAACUGCCAAAAUAUGGAAAUUCUGAUCCUCGAUAACAAUAAGUUGAGUGGUAGUGUACCUGCAAAUCUCAUUGGUCAGCUGAAUCAGUUGAGAUCGCUCUACCUACAGCAAAACUUGUUGACUGGUUCAUUUCCAGCAGAUGUUGGUGAACUGAAAAACCUAAAUGAGUUACUUGUUUCUGAUAACAAGUUGUCUGGGGAAAUCCCCAUGGAACUUGGCAACUGUUUGGUAUUGGAGUAUCUUGACAUGGCAAGAAACUCUUUCCUAGGAAACAUCCCUCUAUCCUUUGGAUUUUUGCGAGGAAUUAGAUUCCUAGAUCUUUCACGCAACAACUUGUCUGGAACGAUUCCCAAAGAACUAGAACAUCUUUCCGCAUUGCUGAGUUUAAAUCUGUCCUACAACUACCUUGAAGGUGAAGUUCCAAGUGGAGGAGUUUUUAAAAAUGAGAGUGGGAUUUCAAUCAUCGGGAACAAGAAGCUUUGUGGAGGAAUCCGUCAAUUGCAGCUGCCAGCAUGCUCUGAUAUAGAGUCAGGAAAGAAUGGGAAAGGGAAGCAUCUUUCAAUCAAAAUUAUCAUAGCCAUAAGCAUUACUGGUGUUUCUUGCCUGGCUCUCAUAGUGGCUUCAGUUCUCCUCUAUGGGAGAAAAAAGACAUCAAUGAAGUCUUCUUCCACUCCUUUGGGAUAUGGGCACUUGAGGGUUACUUACCAAGAGCUUCUCAAAGCAACUGGUGGAUUUACUUCUUCCAACUUGAUUGGCAUGGGAAGUUUUGGUUCCGUAUACAAAGGAAUUCUUAGUCAAGAUAAAACACCUGUUGCAGUGAAGGUACUGAAUCUUCAACAGCGUGGAGCUGCCAAGAGUUUCAUGGCUGAAUGCAUGGUCCUCAGGAAAAUUCAGCAUCGAAAUCUCCUCAGCAUCAUAACUUCAUGUUCAAGUGUAGACCACAAAGGCAGCGAGUUUAAGGCUCUAGUAUUUGAGUACAUGCCCAAUGGGAGUCUAGAUAACUGGCUGCAUCAUGAAUCCAGAAGUUUAAGCUUCAGAGAAAGAUUAGAUAUUGCAAUUGAUCUGGCUUAUGCUCUGGAUUACCUUCAUCAUCAAUGCCAGACACCAAUUGUUCAUGGUGAUCUAAAGCCAAGCAAUGUUCUUCUUGAUGCUAACAUGGUUGCCCAUGUUGGGGAUUUUGGUUUAGCCAAGUUCCUUCCUGAUGCCAACGAGAUUUUGAGUGGUGAUCAAAGCAAUUCGGGGCUGAUGAUGGGAUCUAUAGGUUAUGUUGCACCAGAAUACGGAAUAGGUGGCUUGGUGUCACCUCAAGGAGAUGUGUACAGCUAUGGCAUCCUUCUGCUGGAGAUGUUCACGGGAAAGAGACCAACAGAGGACAUGUUUUCAGAUGGAUUGAGCCUUCAUAAUUUAUCUAAGAUGGCAUUUCCAGAAAGGGUGAUGGAGAUUGUAGAUUCAAACUUGGUUGGGGAGUUGGAUGAAGACAGAAUGUACCACUGCCUGGUUUCAAUUGCUAGAAUUGGAGUAGCAUGUUCUGAAGAAUCAGCUAGUGAUCGAAUGGACAUCAAAGAUGUGGUGAUAGAACUGAAUAUCAUUAAGGAAGUGCAUCUUGGGGCAGGAAUCCAUGGGGAGAGACACAUCAAGAUGCAAUCAGCUGGGAAAGGACCAUCUCUGCAGGGUGACUGAACAAGAAAGCUACUGAUCUGCCACACGGUCCAUUCAGACGUCUCACAGAGGAGGAUAACCCUGUUUUUAUUUUGAAUUUUGAUGCAUCCCUUUAUACUUGCAGCUCUCUCUGUCACUCUCAUAGUGUAAUUUCUUAUCAGAUAUCCUUUGUUUUAUUGUGUUGAGAAGUGUGAAACUCUUAAUUAGUAUUGAUUUCUCUUUAUGAAGAAUAUUGUAUAAAAUCUUUCCUAAUUUGAUA